AUGCGAUGCUACGCGACAUUUCCCAAUGACGAAAAUAAGAAUGCCACAGCAGAGAAAACGGCCGAUCCAAUAACAGAUGAAACACCGUCUAAUAGAGCAUCGGCCUCCGAAUCGGGAGCGGACUUUGCCGCCAACGGUGGCACACGCGAACAAGCAGAGAACAGCAGCAUCCAUGCACAAGAACCGUCCGUCAACGACCGCACGCUGCCCUCCUCAAAGGUGUUUCAGAACAGUCUGAAAGAAAAGUUUUCCGUCGUGAUGGACGAUCUACAAACCCGCGCCUUGAAUGCUUCGCAAACCCUGAACGACCUCACCGGCUACUCUGCCAUUGAGUCUAUCAAGGCCGAAAACACCGCCCUCGAAGAUGCCCUCGCGAAAGCCCACGCCCAUCUCACAGCCUCUCGCUCGCAGUACAAGUCUUCCAACUCAAAACGAGCCGCCACGCAGCGAGAAGUCACCACGCUGCUCGCGAGGAAGGAGUCCUGGAGUCCCACCGAUCUCGAACGCUUCACCGAGCUGUAUCGUGCAGAUCAUGUCCUAGAGGGCGAGGUGGCUGCUGCGCAAGAGGCCCUGACAGAAGCGGAGGGGGAGGAGCAGAGACUCAGCCAGAAGUUGAACGCGGGCAUACUGAAGCGGUAUCACGAAGAACAGAUAUGGAGUGAUCGCAUUCGCAGAGCAAGUACAUGGGGCACCUGGGGUCUUAUGGGCAUGAACUUCUUGCUGUUCGUGGUGCUUCAAUUCGUUGCCGAGCCAUGGAAGAGGCGGCGCCUGGUGAAUGGUGUUGUGGCCGAGGAGAAGCAGGUCCUCGAGGAGGUUCGUGGUGAGCUGGCGGCCGUGAAGCUUGCUCUGGAGGCGGCAGCAGCGAAAACCCAGGAGCCGGAUGAGCCCGUCGUUGACGUGAUGGAGGCUGUUUCGGGUGAACCUGUCACGACGGCUGAGACAACCACCACACCUCCUGCGUUGCUACAAGAGCACGUAUCCGCGCCGGAACCUGCGAUCACAUGGAAACGGUUCCUUCUCGAGCCCAAGAGAUGGCAGAUUUUGGUGAAAGAUCUUUGCAGCGACAGACGACUAGAUUUGCGUAUGAGAGAUGCAUCAGCGUUGGCGUUGGAGGGUGCUGCGGCAGGGGCAGCCGUUGCUGGGGCUGUCUUUUGGAUGAUAGCACGAAGAUAA